AUGACCAGUGAACAUGCAAUUUCCUAUGAUGAUUUGGAAAGGCGCCGCCAAAAAGUGGCUGCUGCCCGCAAACCAUCAACACCACAGCCAAUUGAAACGGAAUCUGAAGCCAUGCAGGCAAUCAAUGAAAUAUUUAAUCCGACAUUGAAGAUACCAGUAAGCGCAGGGCCCUAUCGGCCACCCGAGGAAUUGUCGCCGGAGGAUUUUGAUGCCGAACGAGAUUUAGACAUACGAAAAUUGGCGGAAUUAAAAGAAGUAUUCUUAUUAUUCGAUACCGAUUGUGAUGGUUUGUUAUCAAAGGAUGAUUUACGUUUUACAUUUGGUGCAUUGGGCUGUGAAUCUUCGGAGGAAUUGCUGGAGGAAAUGCUAAAAGAGGCCAAAGAUCCCUUAAAUUUAGAUGCUUUUGUGGAAUUGAUGAGUUUUCGUACAGUGGAACUAGAUCCAGAAGAUGUUCUUCUAGAGGCAUGGAGUAAAUGGGAUUUAUAUGGCACUGGUAAAAUUGAAGAAAAGAGAAUGUUUGAAGAAUUGACCAGCUAUGGUGAUCGUCUAUCCGAUUCCGAAGCCAAAGCUGCCCUGAAACAUGCACCAUUGGCCAAACCCAAGAAUUUAGAAGACCCACCAAUGAUUGAUUAUCCGGCCUUUUGUCAUUUGCUAUGUGGUGUAAGGAAACGCAAGGAUGUGGCCGAAGGAGAAGAUAAUUGAAUAACAAAU